AUGGCAUUUGCAGCACAUGGCAUUCUCUGCUUCGUGCGAGGUUACAUCACUCUCGACUUGACGAGUGCUUACAUACAGCAUGAUCCGUACUUCACGGACCUGAGCAUACCAAUUACGUCACCCCUACCGUUUCGAAAGCGAGCCUUUCUUCCUCCGCAGUUAGUCCGCACAAUGGUCAGCGGUGCGCAAGCCUGGGCGCUCAUCGGCCAGAUGUUCUACGUCCCUUGCCUUCUGCCCGUUGCCUUACAUGCCUGCGGCCUUUUACCCGAUGAGUGGUCGCCGCAUAACUGGCCGGCUUACUUCGGCUCACCGUCUGCGUUUGCAAUCAACGGAGUUCGUGGCUUCUGGGGACAAUAUUGGCACCAGACCAUGAGGUGGUCUGUAGCUGGCCCGGGCUACGCCAUCGCUGAUGGUCUAGCUUUGAAGACUGGCGGACUGGCAAGGUACAGCAUCAUUACGGCUGUGGCCUUUGGGCUCAGUGGCGUGGUGCACGUUGGCUUGGUCCCGCCUGAACCAUUACACGCUACAGUGGAUGUCAAUUGGAUACGUUUGUACAUUGCAGCGUUCUUCUGGGUGCAGCCUCUUGCUAUGCUUCUAGAGAUUGCAGUCGGUCGAUUCGUCGGUAUCUUUAUUAAAGCAAGCUACUGGCAACACAGCACGGGACUAAGAGUUAGGAUGCUGGCGAACGUGUUGUGGGUUGUGGCCUGGUUCACACUCUGCCUGCCUCUGUUCUGUGAAGCAGCACGCCAUCUUGGGUAUUGGCGGCCCUGGCCGGUACCAGUUAGCCUGUGGAAAGGUAUUGUCGGCGAGGGUUUCAUCGCCUGGCCAUUCUUGCUCGAGCCCUAG